GCAGAUAUACGCGUUCGCACCAGCUCUGUCUCGCCCAUCGUUCUUCCCUGCUCGGUGCGUCGCUAGUGCCGCUGUCUCUGGCAAUUGGGUUGGUAGUCGCCAGCCAGUAGGAAGCCUCCAAUGGCUCCCUCGUCGUUUGCUGGAGACCAGCAGCAGCAGCAGCAAUCUCAGCCUCCGUCUUCCUCUCUCUCCCGCACGACAUCUCGCGAGAGCACCAAGUCGCAUUCUUCGGGCCAUAUCUUAUCUGCAUCGCACGCCUCUAACGCCAAUCGCAAAGGUCGACAUGCAGAUCUAGAUAUCGCCGCCGAUCACUCGAACCGCGCCAGUAUUUCUAUGCCACCGCCCGCUACCCCAAAGCCUAAUACUCUUCGGUACCAAGCUGCCAGUCGACGCUCGUCCCGCCAGGACGCACCAACCUUGGCCACGCCCACGACAUAUGUGCACCCCGCCGACGCCAUGUCUUCUCAGCAGGACGGAGCUGCUCCCGCCCCCGAGGACGUCCACGCGACGCUCGACGCCCUUCGCAAGGCAACCCAGUCCGACUCCGGCAUUCCCAGUGCCAUUCGCCGAACCGAGCCCGAUUUAGAGAGCAAUAGAAUGUCUUUCUCCUCCUUCUACGGGCCAGGGAGAAGUGCUGUCACGAGCGGUCCGAGCUCGUUGGGAGGAGGAUCGGAUCAAGAUGCAAGGCAAGACGCCGCUACAACGGCCACACAGAAUCUCUCGGUUACUACCCAGAGUCAGAACGGAGCACUGUCGCCCAGUCUUAAUGGCUCAUUGCGUGAGCCACCACAGAACACCAGCUCCGCUCCCUCGGGCAACUCCUCUGGCUCGCCCGUCAACCCUCCUUCCUCUCCCGCUCAUGUCCAGGCGUCGCGCCAAGGUAGAACCAUCGCACCGAAUCGAGGGCGCACGCCUGCUGCUUCUCGUAGAGUGUCGGGCAGCAUCAAUGGCAGCGCACCGCCGAGCGUUUCACAUUCAACAGAACGACCCAACGAGGCUCCGAAGAUUGGCACGAUUGGUAUUUGCGCACUGGAUUCGAAAGCAAGAAGCAAGCCUUCUAGAAACAUUCUCAACCGAUUGGUCGGCAAAGACACUGACUUUGAGGUCAUCAUCUUCGGAGACAAAGUCAUAUUAGACGAAAACGUUGAGAAUUGGCCUGUGUGCGACUUUUUGAUAUCCUUCUUCAGUGACGGGUUCCCGUUGGAAAAGGCGAUCGCUUAUGCCAAGCUACGACGACCGUUCUGCGUGAACGACCUUCCAAUGCAGACGGUACUCUGGGACCGCCGAAUGUGUUUGCGAAUAUUGGACAAAUUGGGUGUGCCAACGCCGGAGCGCAUAGAAGUAAACCGGGACGGAGGUCCUGUUGCAUUGACCGCUGACAUUGCGGCACGAAUGAAGCACCUCACGGGAGUUGAGCUCAUAGGGUCAGACGAUGGCAGAGGUGGUGGACAACCACCGCCGGACGACGUUCACAUGGAGGAUGAUGAUGACACCUUGGUUGUAGAUGGGCACAGGCUGAAGAAGCCAUUUGUCGAGAAGCCAACCAGCGGAGAAGAUCACAACAUCAACAUCUACUACCCCAAAUCGCAGGGUGGUGGAGGUCGGCGAUUGUUCAGAAAAGUCAACAACAAGUCGAGUGAGAAGGACGACUCGCUCACUAUCCCACGCGCCGUCACCGAACCAGAGUCGUCUUACAUCUACGAACAAUUCCUUAAAGUGGAAAAUGCCGAAGAUGUCAAGGCAUAUACAGUCGGUACCGAAUUCUGCCACGCGGAAACUCGCAAGUCUCCCGUGGUUGACGGCGUGGUCAAGCGGAAUCCGAACGGAAAGGAGAUCCGCUAUGUGACCAAGCUCAACAAGGAGGAACAAAUUAUGGCUGCAAAGAUCGCUUCAGGAUUUGGGCAAAGAGUGUGUGGGUUUGAUCUGCUACGCGUUGAUGACAAAAGCUACGUUAUCGACGUCAAUGGCUGGAGCUUUGUCAAGGACAACAACGAUUACUACGACAAGUGCGCCAAGAUCCUGAAGGACAUGUUCAUUCGCGAGAAAAUCAAAUGGCAAGGAAGAGCAACUCCAAGCGACAUCGACGAAGGCGAGCAAAAAGACGGCCUCAUUCCUACAUCAAUGCCAGAUUACAUGUCGCGAAAGCCUAACACAACGAGCAGCAAAGACUUACCUAAUAGUACCGGCCAUCGUGGAGUGCUCAGUCAUGUUUUGAGAAGCCGUAGUAUCUCUCAGCUUCGAGAGAGUGUGCAUCAUGCCGCGCAGCACGUUGGUCACCCUCAUGCGGCUAAGAGCCCAAGUGGAAAGUCCAGUCCGAUCACCUCUCCGCCGACUUUGGAGCGCAAGGGCUCUUUCAGCAAGCGCAGUGCAACUGUGCCUAAUGCGAACCCAGAGAUGCUACCUCCACCGGCAGUAGGCUCCCUGGACCUGCCCAAGGACAUCCCACCUGAGCGGCCCACGUCUGCUGGCUUAGAUUCCAUUAUACACUCUGAGGCACCUUCACAUGCACCGGCACCUGCCAUCAAGAGCCAGUGGAAGCUCAAGGGCAUGGUUGCCGUCAUACGGCAUGCAGAUCGUACGCCAAAGCAGAAGUUCAAGUUUACAUUCCACACGAAACCGUUCGUUGAUCUCCUCAAGGGACAUCAGGAAGAAGUUCUGCUCGUUGGCGAGGCAGCUCUCCACAGUGUUCAGCAAGCUGUUCGCCAAGCAAUGGCCGAAGGCGUAGAGGAUAUGAACAAGCUUCGCACUCUCGCCAACGCUUUAGCCAAGAAGGGCGCGUGGCCAGGCACUAAGGUUCAGAUCAAGCCGAUGUUCAAGAAGCCCAAGGAAGGCAAAGAAGACAAGACCAAGAAAGAGAAAGAUCCAUUGCGGCAAAGCAUACCGAUGGUCGAGGACCCUGCUCAGAUAGACCAGACUGUCACCCGAACCAAGUCAAAAGAGAUGCCUAACUGGGACGAUCCGGCCGGGCCUGCUGGGCUUCGCGCGCAGCAUCGAAGCGACUCGGUGGGUGAGAUUACAAUGUCCCGAGCGGCAGCCGCUGAUCAAAAUCUUGUGUUGGACAAAUUGCAGUUGGUUAUGAAGUGGGGUGGCGAGCCGACACAUUCGGCACGGUAUCAGGCGACUGAUCUGGGAGAAAACAUGCGUGCCGACCUGACUCUCAUGAAUCGCCGAGUUCUCGAGGACGUUUCAAUCUUCACAUCAUCCGAGAGACGCGUCACUACCAGUGCAUCGAUAUUCGCCAGAGCUUUCUUGGGCCAGGAGGAUGUUGAUGAGGACCAGAUUCAUGUUCGCAAAGAUUUGUUGGACGAUUCCAAUGCAGCCAAAGAUGAAAUGGACAGGGUCAAGAAGAAGCUCAAAGGUCUGUUGCGAAAGGGCGAAAAGGCACCUGAGCAGUUCGCGUGGCCCAAGGAUGGGACACCCGAGCCUUACGUUGUCGUGCGUCAAGUGGUCGAUCUCAUGAAGUUCCAUCGCAGAGUGAUGAGGAGCAACUUUGCCAAGCUGCAGAACUCCGAAGCUGUCUCUAGUCUGGAGAAGAUUCAAAAGAGCCCGGCACACGCCAACCAAUGCAGAGAGCUCACAAGCCCGAUCACCGAGACAGCUACCUCGAAAGUGCCAUGGGAGAAUGCGACAGAUGCGAAGGCAUCCACGAUCCAGACUAGAUGGUGUACAGGCGAAGAUGCAGAACUCUUCAAAGAGCGAUGGGAGAAGCUGUUCAACGAAUUUACGGAUGCUGAAAAGGUUGAUCCUAGCAAGGUCAGCGAACUUUACGACACCAUGAAAUUCGAUGCGUUGCACAAUCGUCAGUUCCUGGAAUGGGUGUUCACCCCGAGCAAGGCCAUACUCGCUGAGGCGAUCGAAAUUGGAUCGCCCACUUUGAAGAGGACCGAGAGCGAUCAGGCCCGAGAUGAGUUCGAGCAUACACAUGAGGGGCAAGCUCCAUCUGCGUCAAACGGGCCCAGCGGAACCAGUAGCGACCUACCCGCCAUGGACAAUUUGCAAUUGCCACCACCAAAGAGGAGCGACACCGCAAGUACAAAUGCCUCCAACAUGGAGAGCAGCGUGCAAAGUCUAUCACGGCAGGGCAAGGAUGGUGAGGUGAAAGAUGAGCCCAAGCCAAGCCUUUCCCAACGACUCGGCUUCAGACGUCGGAGUGCUGACCUGCAGACCGUGGCCAAGAGUCUCGCAGCACCUCCAGUCCAGACGCAAGCCGCACACGCAGACGAUCCUUCCGCGUCAUACUUCAACCUUUUUACGGGAGGGAUGCCGGGAAACCAGUCAAAGGUCAAGCAUGAUGUCCGCCUGGAGAAACUCAAUGAGAUGUACAAGCUUUCGAAGAUUCUCUUCGACUUCAUUGGUCCUCAGGAGUAUGGUAUCACAGACAGUGAGAAGUUGGAGAUCGGUCUUCUCACAUCGUUGCCACUUCUCAAAGAGAUCGUUAAGGAUCUGGAAGAGGUGCAGGCUUCCGACGACUGCAAAUCCUUCAUCUACUUCACUAAAGAGUCGCACAUCUACACCUUGCUGAAUUGCAUCCUCGAAGGCGGUGUGCAGACCAAAAUCGCGCGGAAUGCCAUCCCGGAGCUUGACUAUCUGAGCCAAAUCUGCUUCGAGUUGUACGAAUCGGAGAAUCCUGAUGCUUGUGCACACAAUGCUGCCAAUCCUGAUGAGCCUCAACAGAAUCCCUUCAAUUACAGCAUUCGCAUCACCAUAUCUCCAGGUUGCCAUACUUUCGAUCCUCUGGAUGUGCAGCUGGAUAGCAAGCAUUGCAUUGGAUGCGCGCCUCGUCGCUCCCUUACUAACCAUGGCGAAUGGCGCACCGUACUGGAGACCCUCAGAGAGAAGUUCGAUACCGUCAAGUUGCCGAAGAGUUUUACAGCUGUCAACCUAUCAGAGCGGCACCCACAAGAGUUCUCUAAGAGUGCUGUAAAUGGUGAUGGCUUACUGACUUCGCCGACCGAUGUGGCCACGAAUGGUACUGUACCCGAUGAUGCUGGUCAGGAGCUUGGUGGCGCCGAAGAGCAAUUUGUGACGCCCGCGGAAGAGUUUGGCGAGGCGGAAGCGCAACAACAGCAGACUGCAUCGGAUGCGCUGAAUCCCAUGACUCCGGCUCAUUAGGACGAGAUCGAGGGAAAAAACAUGCAAGAUCACCCCGUCAUAUCCGACGGAACCAACAACGAGCCUCGUGACAUUGAAGAUCUGGACCCAAUGACUCCCCUGCGUCGCUACCCAACGGCACCCAGAAGGCCUCCUCAAGGAACCCGUCGACCCCGCGGCAUGUCCCACGACAUCCACUACGGUGGUCGGCGAUAUCUCCCUGCCAUCCCGGAACAAGCUUCUCCAGCUCCGGGACAGCCUGCAGCUAAUUCGGACAUCGGAGCUGCUGAGGAGGAUCGUCCACCGCCAUAUGUGCGUGAAAGCGCCAGUCAUCAGGUCCAUAGCUUCGGCAAUGUGACCAGAACAACGCCCUGCGAUGAGGAUCAGUGCUGUUAUUGUGCUUAUUGUCCUGCGAUGUGUUUGGAUUGUUUGAAGUGUUGCUGGCCGAUGUAAGAUGGUUUGUGUGGCUGCAUAGGCGGGCUUUUUGAGGUUGAGGCGGAUUGUGUUGCAUUGUAUUGCUUUGCACUGGAGAGGCUAUUGUCUUCGACGAGCGGUCGUUGCUGGGUGGAUAUUUUGGACCUCAGGACUUAGAGCAUUGUUUGAGAUGCAUUGGAGGUCGUCGUUGACAUUGGGAGGUUGGCAUCGAGCGUUUUGUCAUUGCUUGCUACACAUGUGCAUUCGUUCGCAUUGGGAAGGCGAUCGUCGUCUCGUUCUAGAUACACAUACACAUACACAUAUAUCGUAUUGCAUUACAGUGCAGCGGGAAGGGUCAAAAUGAUCUGGUUCUUUGUCCGUCAUCGA